GAAAAAUUGAAGCCAACGGCCAAUUUGAAAUUUCAACCAUGCUAUGCUACGAGCAUGUUUCCUCCAUCAUUUUUGAUAAUCUCUGUUUGUUGUGGAAGCUAAGGUAAAGGCCACGAUGAGAGUUUUCUUGCUCCAAGCCCUGGCCCUGUUGCCGCUGGCCCUGGGUUUCACGACGUCUCCCGGAUCUGCGUAUAUGAAGACGCCUUCCAGGGCGGCGAGUGAAGACGGAAGAAGUAGAGCAGGAGGCGUCACUUUCACCAACCCGAAAAGUACUCUGGGGACGAUUCUCUUUCUGAAUCCUUUCCUAUUUGGUCCUGAGCUGAUUGUACCUGCCAUAAUGAUCUUAGGAGGGACUGUGGCAACAAUCUUGAUCGACAAGGACGAAGACGUGGCAGUGAAAUACAUUGCUCCCCCAGAGCCAGCACCUGUCGAGGAGGAACCUCCUGCACCAGCACCAGUGCCUGCACCAGCACCAGCACCACCUGUUACCGCCACAACCCCCGAUCCUACUCCUCUUCCAGACUCGAUCGCUUACAAGGAGGAGGAUGCCGACGUCCAAUUUGAUCAAUCCGUGGCUCGUACUGGACGUGCAUCUACUGGAAUUGGUGCUGAUGUAGCUGCCUUUGCUGAGAAAGAAAUGACAGCUGGAGACAGCAUUGCGGAAUUGCGUCGGGAAGUUGCCAAGACAUUGGAUGACACCUCCAAAGUUCCCACCACUCAAUUGCUGCAACGAUCUCCACCACCCGAGGUAAAGGAAGAAUCCAAAGUUGACUUCGCUAGUACCACCACCACCACCAAGAAGAGAAGCUUGCCGAGAAAAGUCUGGAGAGUCGUUAAAAAGAUUGUGGCACCAUGGCGGCCAUGGAAGAAUAUCAGCUAGAGACGGACAGACCACAACCUGCUAUCAUUGAUCUUUCUCCGACACAACCAAGUAAUUGGUUCUCGGUUUCUUCGUAGUACCGGAGAUGUCCCUUUCCUCCUCCUCCUGAUGGUAGCAGCAAGUUUGAUGAAACCCAUUUAAAUCGAUGCAAGAGCAAUGCUACCUUUCUUCUGACUGUUGCUGGACCGAACCUACUAGAUCUAACUCGAAAAUAUGUAUAGGCGCAGCACGCUGAAGAUACGAACAAAACCAAUACGGUAGAAACCAUAACGCUUACUUAGCUGUCACAAUACUGAUGU